AUGCAUUCCGUUCCAAGACGUACAAGAACUGCCGAGUCUGGAGCUUGUUCAAACUGCGUUAAGACGAGGCAGCGAUGUUACGUUGGCGUCAGUGGAGGCUCGUGUUCGUCCUGUCGUCGGGCCAAAUUGGACUGUGACGCUCACGGGAGCACACUUCCUCAUAGCGUGACCGAGGAGCCAGGCUCGUUGCUCACAUAUUGUCCCGAGGAUAUAUUCGCCUCACAGCUCAGAGAAAGCGAGCGAGAAUGCAACCUGAAGAAUGGCAUGGCCGGGAAUCCCGCCGUCUUAUCAACCAUCCCUCUCGACUACCACAUCUCUAUCAUCAAUCAACUUUUUGGGCCCAGCUCCGCCGCUCCACCAGCUGUCCAUUUGCCGAGCUAUCUGGCCGGUCUCCCACAGAGGCUGCACAGUGACGAUGUCGAGUAUCUUCGACGUAGUGGGGCGCUUGACCUCCCCAGCGACAUGCUCCGAAACGAGCUACUAAAGAGCUAUCUGCUAUGGGUCCAUCCGCACAUGCCUAUGUUGGGCCUGCAUGAAUUUCUAUCAGCUGUCGCGGGCGAUAAUGAAUCUCAUCGGAUCGGUCUGUUGCUAUUUCACGCCGUGCUGUUUGCUGCUUCAGCUUUUAUCGAUGUAUGCCAUAUCCGUGCCGAGGGAUAUCCUUCGCGUAGUGUUUUUCGUGAGAGUCUAUGCCGCAAAAUGAAGGUGCUUCUCGAUCUCGAACGCGAAGACGACCGACUCGCUAAUGCUCAGGCGAUUCUGUUGAUGGUAUCUCAUCCUGAGCCGCAUCGCGACCAGAAAGAACUCUCCCACUGGUUGGGUAUCUGCAUCUCUAUGAUCAGCUCGAGUCAGACUCAAAUAGCCAAGGCAAACGCAAGAAAACAACAAAUAUGGAGACGGACGUGGUGGUCCAUAUUCAAUCAUGUGCGACUGACAUCGAGUAAUCUUCUUACCUUGAUGGGCGUUCCAGAAAACGGCAGUGAAUGCGAAACUCUGCCCAGUACACACGAUUUCAGAUUCGGUGCCUUAUCCCCCAACGUCCAAACGUUAGUAGGGACCUGCGACUUCCUCCGCGAUGUGCAGUAUCAACAGUUCCAAGCGAGGUUGUUCAUUGAGAAAUCCAAGCUCUGUCAGAUAGGCCAAUUACCUGGACUAUCAGGAGACUUGUCUGACUCACCCAGCCGCGAAGGCGGAUUUGCAAGUGCGGGAAUCAAAACUUCCCCUACCGAAGUCGCAGAGCUCGCCCAGAGAUUGGGCAGAUGGCACGCACAAUUGCCACCGGCGCUUCGUCAUCAAUCACCGACCUCAUCGGCUGUCACGGAGCUGGAAAGGUUCAUACUUGUCCAUCGUGCCUGGCUGCUCUUGCUUUAUCUCGCCUCGGCGUACGUCGUCUGCAGUCGCAGUGUAGGGAGCAACAGCCACGCGAUGGAGCACAUCCUAAACAGAAUCAGCCUCAUCUUCGAUGAACUAUAUCGCUUGAACCUCAUCACCUUACUUCCUAAUUCCAGCAUCGCUAUUCUCAUGCCGGCGGUGGAUUUUCAUAUCAAAGCUGUCGAAUCGGCUUACCCUCAAACCAAUGAAGCGAGUCAAAGAAUGCUCCAGCAAUACUCAGAAAUUUUGCAUCAGCUGCAAGAUAACUCGGCUCUUGCCGGUCGCAUGAUCGAGAAAUUGAGCAAUGUCACUGCUCCCGGAGCUCAGGACGACCUGUCGAGAUUAACGGCUUCGGAAUCCGCCGUGGUGGAACGACCAGUCUCCCAUCCUGAUUUUGCACUAAACGAAACUGACGACUUUUACAAUUUCUUGGAAUCGGGCAUGUCCUUUGCAAAUGUUAUCCCGUCGGGUGAUCACAGUGCAAGCGUCGGUUUUGAUCCUCCUGUCUGUGAUGAGAGUUAUCUUGGACAAUUUCUGUGA